AAUAAUAAAAAAAAGUAAAUAUUGGACGUGAGUCAGUGUUAAAUAAAAUUUUGCGUUUUAGGUUUUUAAAUAUCGAUUGUAAAUAAAUAAUUAAACAAAAAUUAAAUAAAAUAAAUGGAAACCACAAUAGACUUUGAUACAGAUAGUAAUGGAGAUUCACGGUACGAUCAACUUUUGAAACAGUCAUCCGUGGAAGACUUGCGUGAAAUUAGUGGCGUUGGUUUCUUAUACCAAAGUGGUUUUGAUCGUUUGAACAGACCUGUAAUAGUUCUCUGCGGAAAAUGGUUCAAGGCGAACAAAUUGAACCUUGACAAGGUCGUGUUGUAUAUAAUCAGCCUUUUGGACUCGAUUGUGAAGAACGAUUACGUUAUGGUUUACUUCCAUACCCGAACUGAAUCAGCCAAUGUCCCUCCGCUAUCCUGGAUAAAAGAAUUAUACUACACUCUAACAUAUAAAUAUAAAAAAAAUUUGAAAUCUUUUUAUAUAGUACAUCCAACUGUUUGGACAAAGAUGAUGACUUGGUGGUUUUUGACCUUCAUGGCUCCUGCAAUAAAGCAUAAAGUACAUAAUGUCGAAGGGUUGGAAUAUCUAUAUAGCGCCAUCGCCAAAGAUCAGUUGGAGAUUCCAGCUUAUAUUGUUGAGUACGAUAUGACGAUCAAUGGACUUCACUACGCUGAAGUCAAUAGCAAUAGCUUGAAUGAAUGA